ACCCUAAUUCCUCUAUCUCUGUCCGCCGAACCCCUACCUUCAGAGUGCUCGCUUGAGAUCCGAAGAUGACAACUCGCUUCAAGAAGAACCGCAAGAAGCGCGGUCACGUGAGCGCUGGGCACGGUCGUAUCGGAAAGCACCGUAAGCACCCAGGAGGUCGUGGUAACGCCGGUGGCAUGCACCACCACAGAAUCCUGUUUGACAAGUACCAUCCCGGUUACUUCGGUAAGGUAGGUAUGCGGUAUUUUCACAAGCUCCGCAACAAGUUCCAUUGCCCAAUCGUUAACAUCGACAAGCUGUGGUCAUUGGUCCCGCAAGAGGUGAAGGAUAAGGCCUCCAAGGAGAAGAAGGCUCCAUUGAUCGAUGUAACUCAGCAUGGUUACUUCAAGGUCUUGGGAAAAGGUGUGCUCCCUCAGAACCAGCCUGUUGUCGUCAAGGCUAAGCUUAUUUCCAAGGUCGCCGAGAAGAAGAUCAAGGAGAACGGUGGCGCCGUCCUUCUCACCGCUUAGGUUUCCUUUUAAACUUCAUUUUCUUUUUCUUCAUUCAGGAGUUUUAAGUUUUGUGAUCUGUUGAGACUCUGGUUUCUGAUCGUUUUAAUUUUAAUUAAAUGCUGUUAUGGAUAUUUUCCGAA